AUGUCCAAAGGUGAAAAGAAGACGGUACAAGCCGUGUACGCCAAAUCGGCCCUCGAGGAGAUGGCUCCUGAGGUCACUCCGGCCCCCGGAUACAAGAACCUGUCUGAGGAACGCGCUCUGACACCCAAGGAUCGAGUGCUCAUCUUCGUGGUCUCUUUCCUUGCCGGUUACACCAGAUUCCGAAACAUCUGGCAGCCCUCCAGUGUGGUCUUCGACGAAGUCCACUUUGGUGGUUUUGCCCGAAAAUACGUCAUUGGACGGUUCUUCAUGGAUGUCCACCCUCCUCUUGCUAAGAUGCUCUUCGCUGCUGUCGGCUGGCUGGCUGGCUAUGACGGCGAGUUUGAAUUCUCCUCCAUUGGUGUUGACUACCUGUCCUCCAACGUUCCCUAUGUUGCCAUGCGAUCCUACCCUGCUGUUCUCGGUGUCGCAACCGUGGCCCUCGCAUACCUGACCCUCAAGGCUUCCGGCUGCAGAACCGCCACUUGCUUCUUUGGUGCUGCUCUGCUUGCCAUUGAGAACUCUCUUGUCACUGAAUCGCGGUACAUUCUGCUUGAUUCGCCCCUUAUCUUCUUCCUGGCUCUCACCGUGUACUUCUUCAAGAAGUUUGAGCUCGAGACCCCCUUCACCGGCGCCUGGUACCGAUACUUGUUCCUGUCUGGACUGGCUCUCGGUGCUACCACCUCUGUUAAGUGGUACGGUCUUUUCACCAUCGCCUGGAUGGGUCUCAUGACUCUGUGGCACCUGUGGUGGACCCUUGGUGAUCUCAGUGUCACCCCCUGCUCCUUUACUCGACACUUCGGCUGGAGAGCUGCCUUCCUCAUUGGUGUCCCCAUUUCCUUCUACGUUGCAAUGUUUGCCGUGCACUUCCUGUGCCUUGUCAACACUGGUGAUGGAGCUUCUUUCAUGUCCCCCGAGUUCCAAAACACCCUGCAGCACUCCACUCUUAUUGGAAACCAGCCCGCUGAUGUUCUUCUCGGAUCUAAGAUCACCUUGCGACACCUCAACACGCAGGGCGGUUACCUGCACUCUCACGAGUCCCUCUACGAGACUGGCUCCAAGCAGCAGCAGGUCACUCUCUACCCUCACUCUGACCAGAACAACGAUUUCCUAGUUGAAAACUACACUGUGACUGAGGGUGACUUCCAGGGUGACCAGAUCUUCCUUAAGGACGGUGAUGUCAUUCGACUCAAGCACAUUGCUACUGGCCGACGAAUCCACUCUCACGAUUUCCGACCCCCCGUGUCUGAGGCUGACUACCAGAACGAGGUUUCCGCCUACGGUUACCCCGGUUUCGAUGGUGAUGCCAAUGAUAACUUCCGAGUCGAGAUUGUCAAGUCCAAGUCCCAGAAGGGUGUCUCUCGGGACCGUGUUCGAACCAUCGACACCAAGUUCAGACUUAUCCACACCAUCACUGGUUGUGCUUUGUUCUCUCACUCUGUCAAGCUCCCCAAGUGGGCCUUUGAGCAGCAGGAGGUAACUUGCGCCAAGUCUGGAACUCUUCCCAACUCCAUCUGGUACAUUGAGUCUAACUCCCACCCCACUCUCGUGGAUUCCACUGACCGAGCCUCUUACCGAACCCCCUCUUUCCUGUCCAAGUUCCUCGAGCUGAACAAGGUCAUGUGGACUGUCAACAAGGGACUUACUGAUCCCCAUACCUGGGAGUCUCGACCUGAGUCCUGGCCCUUCCUCCAACGAGGUAUCAACUUCUGGGUUAAGGAUAACCGACAGGUCUACCUUCUCGGUAACGCUCCCAUCUGGUGGUUGACUACCCUCUCUAUUGGUAUCUUCCUCUUGUGGAAGGCCAUCAAUCUGCUGCGAUUCCAGCGCGGAUACAACGACUUUGCAGGCCGACCUGAUCUGCGAGCUUACGACGUCCAGUUCACCUCCUUCCUUCUUGGAUGGGCUCUGCACUACUUCCCCUCUUACCUCAUGGCUCGACAGCUCUUCCUGCACCACUACCUGUGCUCUCUCUACUUUGUUUUCCUUGGUUUUGUCUGCUCUUGGGAGUACUUCACCCUCCGAAUUGUGCGAAACAAGAUUAUUGGAGGUGCUCUCAGUGUUGGUGUCUUUGCUGCCGCCCUCUCUUUCUACGUCUACUACUCUCCCAUCAUUUACGGAGACCCAUGGACCAAGUCUCUGUGUGAGAAGGGCAAGUGGCUUCCUGGCUGGGAUUUCGACUGUAACUCUUUCCACGAGUCCCUUGACCUUUACAACGAGGCUUCCAUUCUGCCCGUUGAUGAGAAGGUUGUUGACUCUGUCCUCGACCACUCUAUCGCCGAGGCCGUUGAGGAUGCCGCUGAGGCUGUGAAGGCCUCUGAGGCUCACAUUUCUCCUCAUGCCGCUCCCCCUAACCAGAAGGUGGUUUACAAGGAUGAGGAGGGCAAUGUUCUUGACCCCGAGGAGGUCGCCAAGAUGGCUGAGCAGGGCAAGGUGGAGUUCCGAAAGGGCGAGUAA